AUGAUAGGGACAGCCGCCGCCGCCGCCGUCGCCGAAGGUUCCAGAUCGGCCUCUCCCGUCGGUUCCGUCAUCUUCUCUUCGGUUUCGCUCCUUGUGGUGUCCCUCCUCGUCCUGCUCCUCCUUCGCUAUUACCUGCCGCUACGGACAACGCCUGCGUAUCUCCUGGUACCUGUCUUUUUCGCCAUCUGGUUACCUGCCUGCAUCGUCCUACUCGUUCCCAUCGAUCUCGCUUCGAGCGCCGCCACCGACGAUGAAGCAUCGAGGGGCAUUUGGCUUCCCGACCGCUUGCUGCUGGUGUCUUGGAGGAUAACUUACUGGCUCACGUUUGUCUUGACAUGGUUCAUCCUCCCCGUCCUUGGCGAAUACUCCGAUGCCGGCUACCGCGAACCAAAGGAUCGUCUGAUAUACUCACUUCACCAGAACGCCCAAUAUUAUGCCAUUGUCUUUGGCUCCGGCCUCGUCGGCCUUGUCUACGUCAUCUGGUCGUACGGCAUGAAAUUGGACGCGCUCAAGAGUCUUGUCAUGGCGCUGGCCUACUUUUGGGGCCUGGCGCUCGCUAUUUAUCUCAUGGGACACGGCCUGGUCGCAAUCCCCCGUUCGCUUCUUCGAGCCUUGAGCAUCAGUGGUCAACUGCGUCGCAUCCAAACUCGCGCCCCCAAGAUCUACGAGAGGAUGGAGGACUCAGAGGCCGAUCUCGCCGACCUAGAGGCCCAGGUCACUGAGCUUGCGAAACGGGCCAAGACUGGCUCUGCGAGGGACUUCCAGGACUGGAUCGAGGAGCUGGUAGAGCUGGCUUGCCUCCCCGACGGCAUACCCGGGCAGAUUGCAUCCACCAGGGCAAGCCUGAGCAGCAGAGCUCUGCCCACCGUCAUUACGGAAAAGUACAUGGCCGACCUCACGAGGCAGCUUGUCCGCGCUCGCCAUGCCCGCAGCCGGUAUGUGAGCGAAUGGAAUUAUCUCCUACAAGAGGCCAGGGAGACACAAACCAUCCUGGACUCUGCAGCUUCCAAGAAGCUCGACUUUGGUAAUGCCACCCCAGGCGCUGGCUUCUGGGACCGCAUCACUAUUCUCACCCCGCACACGAGAUAUGUUUACUACUACCACGUGCUACCAUACGCCAAAGCCUGCCUUGGAGGCGUGCUGGCGCUGGCCUCGGCCUGCAUUGUCUGGUCUGAGAUGAUCAAGCUGGCAUUUCCCUCGCUGUCCCUUAUCCGCCUCAGCGUUGUCCAUCAUUGGAUCACCGACGCAGAGGGGAAGCCGGUGGGCCAGGUUGGCUUUGCAGGUCAGAUGGCCGCCUCCUUCUGGAUCUUGUACAUGAUGGCUGCGGCGUUUAUCUCCAUCACUGAGGUCAAAGUUUGGCGCGGUCGUGCACUUGUGCGACGAAACACUGCCCACGAGUCGGCGUUCUGGUACGCCUCUCAGGUUGCGCGUCUGAGUGUGCCGCUAUCUUAUAACUUUUUGACUUUCAUGUCUCCUGAGGUAUACAAGCGAACCGUCUUCUUCAAAUUCCUAGGUCAGCUGAUCAACCUCACCCCGCUCGGUCUGUGGUUCGAUUACCUAUUCCCGGUGUUGGUGCUCAUCCCCGUCUGCGCAACCUUGUUUGGGCUGUACGGCAAGAUUAAGCGCAUGUUUGGUUUUGGCAUCGACAUCGUGGGCGACGAGGGAGAUGAGGAUGAUGGCAUGGCUGGGUACGGUACCGGGUCGUGGCGCGAGGGCCGCGAUCUCAUCGAGCGUGAGCUGAAUGGCACCUCGAUCCGCCACCGGCUUCGUGGCACCGACGGCAGCGGCACAGGCGGUCGUGCGGCGCCGAUCCUCUCAAUACCUGGUGCGAGAGGCGGCAACAACGGGCAACGAUCUCCGAGCACGACACCUUUUGCGACGUCACCCAACGGCGCGUUUGCCUCGUCAUCGGGGGCAGGGGCCGGCUCGUCGAGGCGCGCAUUAGGCCGUGGCGUUCUACCUGACCAGGAUCCAGAGGAUGACAACUUCUUCACUGCGCUGGGCCAUCGCAUGAAGAACACGAUCGACUCGAUAGACACGCCCAAAUGGCUACAGGAGAUAGGGGAUGGCAUCAAGAAACCAAAGUGGAUGGGAGGAGAUGAUGACGAUAGGGCUAAUAAUGGCAGUGGAAGCGGAGAAGGGCCUGACUUUAGGCGAUGGUUUGGAGGUGACGGACGCAUCAGGUUGUAG